AUGCAUAGCGGGCAGGUUUUUCACUUUGUCGAUCCCGUUCAUUGCCUUUCCUCAUGUGAGUCCUCCGUGGGCGAGGCGCGUGAUCGGAUGCAAGAGCACCUCUGUGAGUCGAUGAUUGAGAACCGCACCCUUCAUGCCCGCCAUGGUGCGCUAUUCUAUCAUGUAGAGGUGCCGUACACCGUGGAGUCCACGGUGGACAGCCCAGAUGCUGUGAAGAUUCCUGUUACGGUGCACUGUCGCUCGCUCGCGGCGCACCCGCUGCUGGUAACAGUAGAAACCACAACACCUGGAUGCCCUAAUGCUGCUCCCUCCUCCAUGUCUUCUUCCGUGCCAGUCGUCUUCGUGGGGAAGAGUAGUGCUGGGUUUUUACUUUUACCGCACGAAAAUUACUCGCUAAGCUUCACAGCCUGUGCCUUUGCCCCCGGGGUGGCGGAAUGCAAUCUCUUUAAGGUGAGUGCGGUAGCAUUGCAGCUCCCACCGCUAGGGAACCGCGGUGUAUGGCAGACGGGCACGUCGCGCGGUGCCUUGAUGACAUGGAUAGGAGAAACCACGUCAUGCCUUGGGGCGGAACCGGGCAUUACAGCAAGAGUAGGAGGAGAAAGUAGUGGUAGUGGUGGUGGUGGAAGCAACUGUAGUGGCAGCGGCAGGAAGCAGUUAGGAUGUGUCAGCGCUUUGGUGUACGACAGCAUUCGAAUAGUCGUGCUUGGUCACGGAAUGGCCGCCAUGACACGCGUUCUUUUUGUAUCCUUGUCACAGGCAACUAUGCGGGCAGCAGCUGAGGCGGUGGCUGCGAGGAUGCAGCCGUACCACGAGGAGGCCAAGCGGUACGAGAGGCAAUGCAAGGUAUUUGAGCAGCGACGGGCCCUCCUUGGCACCCCCUCAGCUAAGCGGCUGCAGAAAAAAGACGCGCUCUUGGCCUUGUACCCUCCACGGGCACACAAGCUGGUGGAAACGGUGCGGGAGACGCCUUUUUCCACGAGUGCUGUGGCGUCAAGCGCACCCACGUGGAAGUCAGACACGUCGCUUUUGCUGCCGCAUCGUGGAAUCACCGGCAAUAACGACUUCACUGGUGCUGCCGUGUUGGAAGCCGUCGCAGUAUCCCCAUCUAGCUCAGACUGGGCAGUAGAGGUCGACACGCACUUGGAGCUGCAGGGACUACGGGACAUAACUAUGUCACGGGGAGAAUCGUCGAGGUCGGAAACAGGCACAAGCUCCUCAAGCACAACUAGCAGAGAUGAGUCCGUGUAA